GGGAACUUCAAGUCGAAGGCGAGCUCCUCGUCGAGUUCACGUCCAGAAUAGUCAUAUACGAGCAUGGAUUCCAAACCGUUUGACAGAGGAUUGCGUGGAAAGACAUGCGUGUCGUGCUUGUGUUGGCUCGUGCUGGCCACAAGUGGAGUGUCAAGGAUAAAACAUUGACCACAAAUGAUUGAACCUUGACUGCCUCAACAACAACACCAACAAUCUACUAUUCAACACCAGAAAGAAGAAGCAGUCAACGACCCUCGUACUAGUAAGACAUAGAAAACAUCCUUCUGUUUCAAAAUGUUACCAGCAAGACAUUCCAGUCCCUGUCCUCAUUGGGUAUUUCCACCACUCACCUUUUCUGGACUUGUCCAGAAGGAGCAACAUUCACACCUGAGUGUGUUCAGACAGGGACUGCCUUGGCACCCUCCGACGUCUUAAAGCAUGCCUGGCUUUUCACGCCACACACUGACCAACACUGCACACGAGUGGUGGGACCACGCCACAUGACGUACGGUCAUACGCAUGGAAACCACAGUUUGCCAGCCGGGUUGAAAUUUGGAACUUCAAACAGCAACUUCUGGAUGGUAAUGCAGAAUGUGACCUUCGCUGACCAGGGUCGUUACUGCUGUAUGGUCCUUGACCUUCAGCAGGACCACAAACAUGUGCAGCGUGCCCACGCCCAUUUGAUACUGCACGUGACACCACGAAGAAAUGGAUCUCAAGAAUGCUCAUUCACAGAUAUUACAGUACCUGGAGGGGCUGUGCCUGUCGCCUUGGCCAUAGCAGCCUGCAUCUUGGCUCUACUUUCAAUGCCUGUUAUUCUGCUACUUGUCUACAGACAGAGGCAGAACAAUCAGUCAAACAGACGUGCACAAGAGUUGGUGAGAAUGGACAGUGAAGCUCAGGGCCAUGAGAACCCAGUGUUUCUUGGGGAAUCGCCACAAGGGAAGACCCGUACGGUUGCUCAGAUUAUGACACGGCAGUCCUCAGGAACAGGCCGGCACCUGUUAUCUGAACCAGAAACCCCUAUGUCCCCUCCUGCACAUGGGGAUGUAUUUUUCCCAGCAGAAGACACCAUCCCUGAGUCCCCAGACAUGCUUCUGCUUUAAAGAGGCAGCAGACUCCCCGCCCCCCUCGCAAAAAGGGAUCAAACCGCCGCCCCCUACUCGCUCUAACUGCUGACCUGGAAACAGCUUUGCGGCUUCUUGUCUUCAUCUCUCUGCUUUCAGAGCAACAUUUCCCAUGGUCUGUCUCACAAUUACCUCGCCUGGGAAUGUCCGCGUUACCACGUCUAGUCCGGAGGAGGCUACAGACUGACCGCAUUUGGGCUUCGAAACACUCCUUCCUGCACCUGUCACAGCAGCUGGAGGCCAGAAACAAACUUGUGAUCGUAAACUUAUUUUGCUGUGGGUGAAAGUGUGUGAUGGCUUAUGGACAAGUUGAGGGCGGGUUCUACUCUCAGACGAGUUGAUAUUUCAGCAACAUUCAUAUGUGAUGAGUGGUGUUCAUGUUUGGAUCAAUUUUGUUUGUUAGGCACACGGUCAAAACUAUCCUUUUUUUUAUUUUUAUACCGAUCGAUUGUUACAGGUGAGCUGGAGUCUGCCCAGCUGGGUACCCCCUGUACUGGCCAAUCACAGGGAAAAAAUAGACAACAAUAUGAACAAUUUAGGCUCUCUAACAUAACGUGCAUGUUUUUGGGAACGGGAAUAACUUGCAAAUAACACACAAAAUUGGACAGGUGAAGAUUUUAACCUUUGAUCUUGUGACUCUUAAGGGCCAACAGGCUAUCUAAAGCCCACCAUGCUUCCCUAUUUGAACAUAAUGUGGGCCAAAUAGUCAGAUUCUGUCCAUCUCUAUGCAAAUCCCAGAUGGGUCUAGUCACUGUAAAUCUGCAGCGUGUUUACAUUUCUGUGUUCCUUCCAGUUCUGCAAAAGUUGCAGAUCACCGAGCAGGUUCAAAGUUUCAAGUGAGCUGAACUGAAGAUGUGAAAGUAGAAAACAAGAUGUGUCCUUUUCUGCUCUAAAUAUAUCUUCCCUGCCGAGCACAAUCAAAACUUUGAAUACGUGUUCCUUUAUCAUCUAUAGUUUGAUAAUAAUAAUAAUAGCCCAAAGUCUUUAUUAGAAAAAUAAUAUAAAACUUUGCGCCGCCCUCUUUGUACAGUAGAUGUGGUGGUGGCUUUAGAUCAGGGUUACUUGUACUCUCAUCAAUGUGGGUGAGUGACAGCAAAGAUAACGUAGCCAUGGCGACUGUGAGGAACGGUCAUUUUCUCACUAUGAGUGUACAGAAAGUGCUUCUUGGUAUUGUGUUGCAGGUUCACAGAACAGGGUAGUGUGUGUGUGUGUGUGUGUGUGUGUAUAUAUAUAGAUGUAUGUACUGUAUGUAUGUAUGUUUUUCUUGCAAAUUUACAUUCAUCAUAAACGUGGCCAAAGAGGAUUUUAUGUCUGUUUUUCAUAGUGUGAAUAAAAACAUUGUUUUGUAUAUUAUGGCUGUCCGUAAAUCAUCAGAAUUGCAGCUCAGUUAAUAAAUAUGGUCUUC